GCCAGUUCCCACCAGUGUAAAGGGUUCAUCUGUUUCUCUCUCAGUUCUAAGCUGAAGCCCCAGCCCAACUCCAGUGUGUUCAGCUCGUUACAUAACCUAAAGGAGGACAAGGCCAAGCCGGUGAGAGACGAGUACGAGUACGUGUCAGACGAAGGAGAGUUGAAGAUUGAUGAGUUCCCCAUCAGGAGGAAAAAGAGAGACUUAUCCUUCCUGUCAAACAUCAAAGAAGCAAUCCAGCCAUCCAAGAAGCCAAAGCUCCUCCCCUCUGAUGUCAAGAAGACUGACUCAUCAGAUGAAGAGUCGCUCCACAUCGACACAGAAGUCAAGCCAGAGGUCAAGCGGGAGGUGAAAGGUCGUAACUUGAAGGUAAAGAAGAAGGCGGGAAGCACGGCAGGCAUCCUGGACCUGCUACAGGCCAGCAAAGCAGUGGGCGGCAUCGACUACAGCGUCAACAGUCAGCCACCUGCAUCUCCCAGCACACAGGAGGCCAUUCAGGGAUGUUGUCUAUGGCCAACCUGUCCUCCGGGGCUACCGCUGGGGGCCGCAGCCAUCUCCUCCGACACCCCUGGGCCUGGGCUGCGACCGGCCCGGCAGAAACCACUCCAACACCACCACGCUGGACGGAAGGGGAGAGGCGCAAGCGGAGCGGGAGGAGGAGUAAGUAAGCGGCCGGCCAAACGACUCCCAAGAAGACGAAGAAGAGCAGCAGCAUCGACAGUGCCGAGUUCGAUGAUGAUCAGGAUCACAUCGACGCCUGCUUCAAGGACUCGAUUAUG